GUCACUUUCAACCAAAAAAAAAAAUGUUAUAUAUAUGAUCUUUCUGUCUCUUUUGAGAAGUUCCAAAAAAACUAUUUGUCCCGUCAAAAAAAGAAAAGAACCAAAGAAACUCGACUCUUUUGUGGCAAAAGAAUUAAUUAUGAAUGUAAGGAAACAUGAUAUGAUGCUAAGUAGUGUUCCAAAGACUUCAACAAUUACAAAUUCUGCUACUCCUUCAAAUAUGUUUCCAGAAGAACUUCAACUUCAGCUUUAUCAAGCUUUCAUAUUCUCAAUUCCUAUACUAUUUUCAAUUAUUCUCUUUCUCCUUUUUUACUUGUUUUACCUUAAGAGAAGAGCUUCCUCUUUCUCUCCACACUUACUUCCAAGGAUUAAUCCUCCAACUACAUAUCGUUAUUAUUCUUCUUCUUCGCCUCGCCGUUUGGAUUUAACUGUGCAAUUCUUGGACAAACUUCCUAGAAUUUUGUUUGACGAGGAUUUACAAGCAAGGGAUUCAGUAUGUUGUGUAUGUUUGGGAGAAUUUGAGGUGAAAGAAGAGUUGCUACAGAUUCCAUAUUGCAAGCAUGUGUUCCACAUAGAUUGCAUACAUCAUUGGCUACAAUCAAAUUCCACUUGUCCACUUUGUAGAUGUUCCAUUAUUCCCACUACAACCAAGUUCCUUAAUCCAGCACCACCUAUUAAUAUUAUUAUAUCUGACCCACCACACCAAAGUCCUAUUAAUUCAGAUUCUCCAUUACAAAUUUCAUCAUUGCCAAAUGAAUAUGGUGCUUCCUCAAAUAUUAUGACAAGGGAAUGAUGCUUAAUUUUGAUAUUUAAUUAAUUAGUACACCAAGCUAUUGUAGCUUGUUUGAUUACAUUCCCUAAGAAGUUGAUGAAAUAAUAUUUAGUCAAUUUUAACUUGUAACUCGGAAUAUUAUUCUUAGUUUGUGGAAUGUAAACACAAUUUCUAUUUUUGAGAA